UCUUAGGACAUGCCUGAUCGUCUUGAGCAGUCCAGCACGAGCUAAUCCAUGAGGUUCAAUCAGGCUAAGUAAUUGGGGGAAUGUGUCAACUCUGAAUUACAAUGAGCAGCAGGGAAGGCUCUGUCAGCUGACUAAUCAGGGAUAGCGAGUUUUCUUGCAGUGCUGCCAUGGUGGUAAUGGAAGCAGCUACAGCUACGGUAGCUUUGUUUGAUAGAGAUUUUUGGCUGCCGCUUUUCAAUACUACCUAAAAAGCAGCUCAUAUUUCAUCAAUGUUGCAUUGACAAUUGGAAAAGAAGAGUGUUAUUGUGUAUAGGCAAGAUGGCAGAAGCAACUCCCCCGAGAGGCAAGAUGAGGUUCAGAAGGAAUGCGGCUUCCUUCCCUGGCAACUUGCACUUGGUAUUGGUCCUGCGUCCCACCAGUUUUCUUCAACGAACUUUCACAGACAUCGGAUUUCGAUUUAGUCAGGAAGACUUCAUGCUCAAACUACCAGUUGUUAUGCUGAGCUCAGUUAGUGAUUUGCUGACAUACAUUGAUGACAAGCAGUUAACCCCUGAGUUAGGCGGCACCUUGCACUACUGCCACAGUGAAUGGAUCAUCUUCAGAAAUGCUAUAGAAAAUUUUGCCCUCACGGUGAAAGAAAUGGCUCAGAUGUUACAGUCCUUUGGAACUGAACUGGCUGAGACAGAACUACCAGAUGAUAUUCCUUCAAUAGAAGAAAUUCUUGCAAUUCGUGCUGAAAGGUAUCGCCUGUUAAAGAAUGAUAUUACAGCUGUAACCAAAGAAGGAAAAAUUCUGCUAACAAGUCUGGAAGUGCCUGACACUGAAGGAGCUGUCAGUUCAAGAUUUGAACGUCAUCAGCAAAUAAGUGGUGACUGGCAAACUGUUAAUAAAUUGCUGACUCAGGUACAUGAUAUGGAAGUUGCUUUUGAUGGAUUUUGGGAAAAACACCAACUAAAAAUGGACCAGUAUCUGCAACUAUGGAAGUUUGAGCAGGAUUUUCAAGAGCUUGUGAGUGAUGUUGAACUUCUGUUAAACCAACAAGCAGAGUUGGCAGAUGUCACAGGGAAUAUAGCUCAAGUAAAACAAAAAAUAAAGAAGUUGGAAAACUUAGAUGAAAAUUCUCAGGAUCUGUUAGCGAAGGCCCGGUUUGUGAUUUUACACGGACACAGACUUGCAGCCAAUCACCAUUACGCACUUGACUUGAUCUGUCAGAGGUGCAACGAGCUACGUUACCUUUCUGAUAUUUUAGUUAAUGAGAUCAAAGCUAAACGGAUCCAGCUCAGCAGGACCUUCAAAAUGCAUAAACUCCUACAGCAGGCUCUUCAGUGCUGUGAUGAAGGAGAAUGCCUUCUAGCUAAUCAGGAAGUAGAUAAGUUUCAGUCUAAAGAAGAUGCUCAGAAAGCCCUCCAAGAUAUGGAACGUUUUCUUGAAAUGGCUCUGCCCUUUAUAAAUUAUGACCCUGAAACCCUUCAGUAUGAAUUUGAUAUAAUUUUAUCUCCUGAACUCAAGAUUCAAAUGCAGACUGUACAAUUCAAGCUUGAACACAUUCGAAGUAUAUUUGAGAACCAACAAGCUGGUUUCAGGGAUCUGAAAAAUCAGCACGUGAGGCCAAUCAAGUUUGUGGUGCCUGCAUCCGACAAAGCGAUCAGACCUAGAGCGCCAUUUUUUUCACCUAAACCUGGGAAGAAGACUUGGAGACAAAAUCAGAGCAACUUAAAAAUUGAAGUGGUGCAUGAUUGUCAGGAGAAGAAAAGUUCCGGUCAAUCCUCCAGUUUGAACAAUGACAAUAGCUUGGAUGUUUUAAAGAACCACGUCCUAAAUGAGCUGAUACAGACUGAGAAGGUGUAUGUUCGCGAGCUGUUCACUGUUUUGUUGGGCUAUAGAGCCGAGAUGGAUAAUCCCGAGAUGUUUGAUCUUAUGCCACCUCUCCUGAGAAAUAAAAAGGAUGUUCUCUUUGGAAAUAUGGCAGAAAUCUAUGAAUUCCAUAACAACCUUUUUAUGAACAGCCUGGAAAAUUGCAUUGACUGUCCAGAAAGAGUGGGACCUUGUUUCCUGGAAAGGAAAGAUGAUUUUCAGAUUUAUGCAAAAUAUUGUCUGAAUAAGCCCAGAUCAGAGGCAAUUUGGAGGAAGUAUUCAGAGUGCGCCUUUUUCCAGGAAUGUCAAAGAAAAUUAAAACACAGACUUGGUCUGGAUUCCUAUUUACUCAAACCAGUGCAACGAAUCACCAAAUAUCAGUUACUGUUGAAGGAGCUAUUAAAAUGUAGCAAAGGCUGCAAAGGAUCUGACCAAUUAAAGGAGGCACUUGACACAGUGCUAGAUUUACUGAAGUCCGUUAAUGACUCUAUGCAUCAGAUUGCAAUAAAUGGCUAUAUUGGGAACUUAAAUGAGCUGGGCAAGAUGGUAACGCAGGGUGCGUUCAGUGUUUGGAUUGGACACAAAAAAGGUGCUACAAAAAUGAAGGAUUUUGCUAGAUUCAAACCAAUGCAGCGGCAUCUUUUCUUGUAUGAAAAAGCCAUUGUGUUUUGUAAAAGGCGUGUUGAAAACGGAGAAGGCUGUGAUAGAUACCCGUCCUACAGUUUUAAGCACUGUUUAAAAAUGGAUGAAGUUGGAAUCACUGAAUAUGUAAAAGGAGAUAACCGCAAGUUUGAAAUCUGUUAUGCUGGGAAGGAAGAAGUUUAUAUUGUCCAGGCUCCGACUGUAGAUGUGAAGAUGAUAUGGUUAAAAGAAAUAAGAAGUAUUUUGUUGAAGCAACAAGAACUUAUGACAAUUAAACAACAAGAGCAGUUUAAUCAGUUAACUGAACAGAAUCAGCUUUCUUCUCAGCGGAAUGAUGUAAGGCAAAAGGUAGUUUUUAUGGGUGCCGAGGAAUCUGAAUCAGAGCACACUAGCCCUGUGGUGCAGGUUGGUGAAGCAAUCGCAUCAGUUCAGGCGGAGGCAAAUGCAGUUUGGACUGCAGAAAUCUCUGAAGGGCCUGAGGAAUGGUCAAACAGCUAUUUCUACUCUUCCUAUGUUGGCAACGAAGAAGAAAGACCCCUAAUGUCUCCAGGCAAAUAUAAAGCCCUAGCAGAUUGCAGGAAGAGAGGCUCAGAAGACCUCCUGAUUAGAAAUGGAGAUGUCAUUCAGCUUCUCCAUGAGGAUGCUGAGGGUCGAUGGUUGGUGAAAAAUCUAAACAGAAGAAAAGAAGGCCUGAUUCCAGGGAACAGUUUACAGAUUAUAAUCGGUGACUAUAGGUUUCGGAAUACCAAAGUUACAGAUGCUGCUCUGAGUAACACAAGGAAACUAAGUUCCCCUUGAAUUAAAGGAGAAUGAAUAGACUUUUAAAAAUAAGAUUUCCUUUGGAGGUGUGAACUAGAUUAUAUAUCUUAAAAGUUUACAGAUAAACAGCACAAGAGUCAGGAUGAUCCUAUGCUGCCCAUGACAUUCACAGAAUUUCCUCAGGACUGAGAUGGACUUCAUCAUUCACAGAUUGUCUCACUCUUGCAAGAAGCCAUCUUGACACCUUCCAUUACCCCCAGCUGAAAAUUGCAGUGUUAUUUUGUUUCCAAGUAGGAAUUUUCAUGGCAUGCGUUCAGAUUCCAUCUAAAAAACCGGAAAUCAAUUAUUCUGAACAUUUACAGGUAAAAAGCUUUACCUGUAACUUUGUUGGUAACUUUUCAUUAACAAAACAAAAAUCCAAAGAGAGUUGAGAGAUAAUCAGAGAUUUUUUUGAAAGCCCCUUUGUUAACUGAUAAUUUGUUUAAUCCUGUUAUCAAUGUGACUAUAAUAUACCAAAGGGAUAUGUUCUGAAGGACCUCUUUUGCACUUUGACUGGUAUUUAGGGUUUUUAGAGCUGUCUUACAGUUGUUAAAAGAUCCAAAGCUAAAACUCCUGUACUUAGAAUGUGUUGAAGUUUACAUUUUGUGCAUUGAAAUUCAGAUACACAUGUCACAGCUUUAAGUUCAAUAUUCAUAUUUGCACAAGAGGGUUUCCUGUAACAAAGCUCUACUUUCCAGUGACUUGACUUGCUUUUGAAUUUUUUUGGAAAAAUCUGUUCUAGUAAAGGUUUUCUUAAGUUAUAUUAUGUUUCUUCCUAGAGUUUUUCUUUGAUAAUAUGUGUGUAGCUCUCUUUCUUUGAAGUAUAUAAACAGUGUGAUCACUUGUUGUAGAGCACAGGGCCCGUUGUUGCAUGCACAGUGUUGAAUUUAUGCUUGGAGAAUUUCAUAUCAUGGACCACUAAAGAUAGUGGUUUGAAAUUGCUGCCUUUUAAAUCAUGGAUUGUGAGUUUUACUUUCAAGUUGGCAUAUUAGGUGCAUGUUUUUUUGAUGAAUUGGUUUUACAAUAAACAAUAAAUACAAUAACUGUAAUACAUAAACAUUUUAUCUUUUAAAUAGGUUUGUGUAUCAUAUCAAGAUCAUAGUUUAUGCCAGUGGUAUCAUUUGAUGUGACAAUUUGUAUGAUAAACCAGUUGUAUUUUAUUCAAUGGUACCUGCAAAUUAUAAAUGUUCUAAUGUA